AGAGCAUGCACGGUGGUGUAAUGUCUCCUACCGGCGUUCUGGAUCUACCAAAUGCGUGUAUGAAAUCCAGUGUGGGAAUUUUCAACAUUCGGUCCGGUUUUGAGUGUGUUCAGGCGGUGAGCCAAGUGACGAGGUUAUGUCAAGUUUAUGGCAGCAGGACUCGUCAAAGAAUGGAAACUUCAGUGGAGUGAAAAUGAACAGCAAAGGCACUGGUACAGGGGCUCCGUUCCCAGCAGUGUUGGGGUAUUUGGGAAAAUUUGAAGACAGAAAUACCUCACCUGGGAACUGUCCUUGGUGUUUGAGAAAAGGUCAGACACAUGCUGUCCGCUUUUUUGCCCUCAACUGGGAGGAGACUGUUCUGCUCUGUACAAAUCCAAUGUGCCUUUACCCAUUGGUUAGUAGAUCUCCGGAAGAUGUGCGUGCUAGUUUGUCUAAAAAUGGAUGCAAGAGGAACCUGUCCGAUGUCGAUGAUGCAUCUUCCCAUUCGAAGCGACCGAGAGAGGAGAAACUGGACGUUUUGUCUGCUGAGUCUGAGCCAUGUGGUGCUGAUGUCAUUGACGACGCCCUUCCAAAGGAUGCUGGUGAACAGUCAACACUUGCAAAGACUCUCUCUAUUAAGGGCACUGAGGAACAACAUCCCAAAGAGCUUCCUGCUGCUACCCAAGAGGAUUUAGAUCUGUGUGACAAGAAGGAUGUUUGCGUGUCUAGUACUCAAGAUGAAGUCGAGGAGGUCUUCAUAAUGGAUGUAGAUACGGAGUUGUCAGAGCUGGUUCCUGUGCAACCUCAUCUCUUCUGGAAAAAUGAGGACAACCUGUGUUGGUUGGAUUCGUUGUUGGUGAUGCUCGUGAAUUGCAAGACCAUCAGAGAGACUCCGUGUCAGAACGUGAAGCUCAUAGACAAGUUGACAUCAGAGAUUUGCAGCAACUCUGCCGUCUGGAACCUUUGCGCUACAUAUGAUAAGACAUGUGCAUAUCUAAAAGCCAAGGAGCAACAGUGUGAAGAUAAGGUGACUCGAGUCCCUGCUGAUGUCCUGGCUGAGGCAGAGCGGCAGAUGUCUGCGUACCGUCUGUCACUCUUCAAACUCCUCCAGCCGACACUGAAGUGUGAAAUGGGUCAGCAGGAAACGCCCGUGUUUGCGCUCCCUCUCCUUCUACGGUCAGACAAGUGGGCUCAGGAUCUUUUCCAGCACACUGUCCGAUGGGAAUUUAAGUGCCCCUGUGGUUAUACUGUAAACAACAGUGUUGAGAAGACUCUUACAUCGUUAACUCAGAUUCUGAGUAAUUGGCACCCACUGAAAGCCGUGCACCGCGCUCAGUGCAGCAGCUGCAACCGUAAAAACCAGAGGAGGAGAAUGGUGCUUGAACGGUUGUCCUCUGUGUUUGCACUGCACUUUGUGGAGGGCUUUCCCAGGAAAGACCUCUCUAAAUUCUCGUUCGAGUUCCAGGACGUGCACUACAGUGUCAGCACUAUUAUCCAGUACAAAAAACAUCUUCAGCACUUCGUCACUUGGAUCCUUCAGACCAAUGGCUUGUGGACGGAACUCGAUGAUUUGAAAUACCCUCACUCCGACAUCCACAAGAGGUUGCCAUUUCCAGCCAAUGAAAUUCACGUUGUUUUCUGGGAGGCAGACUCCACUAAUGAUGAACCUUCAGUGAUUUGCUCACCGACGGCUCCCUCGGCGGCCACAGAUGUCGAUGACAAACUCUCGGACAAGCUGUCAGACUCUGUGGCCAAUGACACGUGUGUCAUCAGCGCGCUCACUGUGGGAGACUCCUCUGCUGUCAGCACUCUGGAUGCAUCCAUCGGCAGCACCACAUUACUGGACACAUUUGAGGGUCUGUCGCACACAGACAUUGUGACCCUCACUCUUGUUGACGUGAACGGAGCCACUGAGGAUCAUCAGAUCCCCCAGAGCCCAGCCGUCACUCUCCCUAGUCUUCCAGUAGCAUCUAGUCUGUCCAGUUGUCAACCUUCAAAACCUUCGGUGGCCGAUCCAGCUGUGGUGAAAUCAUCAGAGGCUUCUAAAGUACAUGCGCCUUCACCACUUGUAUCCACAUUACUUCAACGCCAUCCAUCCCUCCAUUCAACACCAGUGAGACUUCCUCCUCCUGCUCCAAAACCAAAGCUCAGUCUGAAAUGUGACAAUGAAGCUCAACCGGCCAAGCCGGCCGAAAUGUUUGGUGGCUUCGUAACCAAGAAAUUGGCAAAUUCAGUUUGUGCGACUCCUGCUGUACCGCCUCAACACAAACCAGUUGGUAUGCAUCCAUCUGUGAAGAAAACCGCAGACCAGCAGCCCAUGAACACUACAGAAGCCCUCAGGCUAAAGUUACUGAAAAAGCUCAAGGCCAAGAAAAAGAAACUGGCCAAGCUGAACCAGAUUCUGGGAAGCAGUGGAGAAGCGGCACCGAGACCGGACAGCACGGCCCUCUCGUCGCCCUACUCCGUCACCUCUAGCACUUCGGCUUACGACAGCCCGGCAUACGACCAGUUCUUCGCUGAGCUUUUGUCACCUGUGACGCCCGCCAGUAACCUCUCACCCGACAGCACGGGUCUCCUGGAGAUGUUGAACAAUGGCCAGAAUGGCGAGUCGACAAAUGGCAGCGCACAGCAAAAUUCUUCAGUAGCAACUGUGGUUCCAGAAGCAACUUUAAACUAUUCUUCUACUAAUGACUCCAUAUUUGAUGAAUAUAUGCAAGCAGGGAUGGGCCAGACUGCAAUUGAGAGCACUGAUUUUAAUGGCUUGGAUAUAUUCUUCUGAUUUAAGAAAAUACUUUUAGACUUUAAGUUGUUUCAAAAACUGUUCUUUGUAAUUUUCUAUUUGGAAAGAAAUGCUGUGUUUUUCUAGUUCGGUUCAUAUUUUGCCUGAUCUACUUGGAGACUGAAGAAUAUUUAAAUGGCACAAUGUUUGAAGAUCAAUUUAUGAACCAGGUAAUUGUAAAGGUUUGUACAGAUGUCUGUUUAUAAAUGUUGAAGAAUAAAGACUGCUUUGGAAUAUA